AUGCCUUCGUUACCAAACGUUUUCGAAUUGCCCCUGUAUCUACAAGAUGCGUUUGAUUACAAUAUUGCGCACGCAAACGUAACGAAUUCUAAUAGCAAAAAUGAUAAUAAAACUUAUUAUAAUAAUCAACAUAAUAGAUUCACCAUACCUAAGACAAAAGGUUCACCUAUAAAUCUAAAGGGUUUUAAUGAACCUAAUUUGAAUGGGAUAAAUAGUAAUUUCUCCUUCGAUCAAAAUGAUAUUAUUCAAAAUUCUAAUCGUACUCAUUCAGGAGAUCAUUAUUCAUUACCUUUUCUUUCUCAUUCACAGCCAGGAAUCGAAAAUUUUGAAUAUGAUUAUACCAAGAUCCCUAGAAGCCCUGACAACUCAAAAAACAUUGAACUUGUGGAUGAUUAUGAAAUUAUUAAUAAUUCUGUUUUAUUAAGUCAAUCUAAUAAACUCGCCACACUGCCAAAAUUUAAGGCAACAAGUCAUUAUAAACCAAAUAUAUGGAAGCCUAAUUCCCAUUCUUCUCAAUCUAAUAACGCACUGCAUAACGACAAUGGUUCGAUAAUCAGAAAGGAAUCUGAUAUGAAUACCAAUAGUACGGUCAAGAAAAAACUAUUUGACUAUUUUCAGUCUUGUAACGAUAUCCAAUCCCCUAUUAGACAAUCUUCAACUAAUAAUUACCAUUACAACAAAGAUAAUCCUUUUAGAGGUGUGAAAGGAGAUAACGAAGAUUUGUCUAUACGUGAUAAACUUAAUUCCAUUAAUUUCGAAAAACUUGGACCAGAAAUAUGGGAAUACAAUAAAAAAACUAAUGAAUUAUCUGACUCUGCAUCCAAACUUGGAUUUUAUAGCGGAAUAAAUAAAAAUAUGCAUGUCAUAUAUCGCAACGGGAAUGAUAAGCUUCAACCUAUAACAUCUUCAGAUUUUAAUAAAUCUUUGAAUGAGAAAAUAUUAAAAACAACAAUUAAUCAUGAUCCUAAGGAGGCUACAUGGAUGGGCCAUGAUGAUAAAAAAAAUUCUGCCAUAAAUAUAACUCGAAAAGGAACAGAAUCAUUACCGAAUUAUAGUCCCGAACUAACUACUAAACGUGAUAAACGUAAUCCAAAUCAAAUUCUCGAGUACAAGUUAAUUCCUAAUCGUUUUUCAAACAUCGAAUGGGACCCUACGAAAAAUAAUAUAUGUGAAAAUCUUAUUUACUCGACAUCUUCCAAGAGUAGUCUAGGCCUUUUAUUAGAAAAUGGUAUUCCGAUAACUACGAAAUCGAGUUUAAAAAGGGAUAAACAAAGAGAUUGGUACAAAAGUAUUUUCAAACACUUGAAUCCUACGGCUGCUGGAAAAGAUUCAAACAUGCAAGAGGAGAAAUAUUUUAGUGAAGGUGAAUAUAUGCAUAAAAGACGCUCAGAUAACAGGAGAAGCAAAUUAUUCGACAAGUCUCGAAAUUAUUACAAUCAUACCAGAUACCCAAACUUGGGUAUUUAUAAUGGCUAUGAAACUAGAAGUUCCAAAAAUUUGCAUUACAAUAAUAAUGAGCUGGAUGCUUUGAAUGCUAAGUCUAAUUUUAGAUAUCAACAUAUACCAGCUGAAUAUGAUGACGAUUAUAUUGAUAGCGAUAAAUAUUAUGAAUGCAUUAACAGAUACAAAAAUAAAGGUGAUUCUGAAAAUUAUUCAUGUAACCCUUAUCAAAAAGAGGAGUCAUUUGUCUUAGAUCACAAUAAUAAUAGAAUAUACAAUAAAGAUAAAAUCAAUAUGAGUUACAAGAAUGAAAACUCUAAAAUAUCAUGUAAAUACGAUUCGCCCCAAAUAAAUAUCAAGACGAAAAACAGGAAAUCAGUGGACCCCCAAAAUAACCGUUAUUUUGAGGGCACCGGUGAAAAUGGCGAUUACUCUUGUCGAUUGAAAGAUGAUAAAACAAUUUAUGGGAACUUUCAAAGCCUUCCCAAAUCAAAAACAUAUCCAAGAAAAAUAGACAAUUCAUUUGACGGAAUUGAUGACACUAUGCAUAUCUCUCCUAAGGAUAAGGAUAUUCACGUGUGGUAUUCAGAGGUUCAAAAAGGUGGGGACGUACCAUACGCCGGAUUACAGAAAUGCCAUAGAGCUCAUAAAAAACGCGAACAAAUAUUGGCAUUAAAUUCGAAGAAUCUGGGUCAUCCCCAAUCUGUGUUUCACAAUAAAUCGACCUCUAACAUUUUCGACCCUUCGCCAUAUGUAGAUUUUUAUCAAGAUUGCCCCGCUACAAGUUUUAUGUCUACAGUGACCCCCGAACCAUUUGAUGAACGGUUACAUAAGCACAAAAUGGGUGAAUGGAUCGAAAAGGAGAAAUUAAGAAAAGCCAGGGAAGAAUACAAGAAACAGGAACAAAGAAGGCAUGGAUAUGUGCCAUCAUCUAAUUCUCCCAUCCCUGUAAAUCGUUAUAUGAACCUCGUAUAUGCUAACGACGAAGAAAAAAAAGUUUGUAAUGGGAUAUCCCCUCACAGAAUGUCAUCAGAGGUCAGAGGUGGCAUAUAUACUAGCUCUAAUCUAAAUAAUUGUCGCAGAUAUAGUGUUUCAGGAGCCGGGGGUAGCCCGCGAUCUUUGUUCGAGGGGAAAUAUGUUAGGGGGCACAAACGGAUGAUCCGUGCUAAAGCUCGAGCAUUAUUUAGAUUCGUCGCGAAAAACGUUAGGGAAAUAUCUUUUAACAAGGAUGAUAUAAUAUAUUUGCAUCAUCGAAUUGACCCUAAUUGGUACGAGGGGGAACAGGGAGGAAUGAUUGGUAUAUUUCCAACCAAUUAUGUGAAGGUGUUAGUGUCUAUUGAGGAGGCCGCUUUAUUAAAUGCUAACGCUGAAGAGGGUGUUGCUAUUGCUCGAUACAAUUUUGACGGUAAGCAAACUGGCGAAAUAUCCUUCAAAAAGGGAGAUGUCAUUCACUUGAUUUCCGAAUUAGAUGACAAUUGGUUUAAUGGCAAGGUUGCAAACAAUUAUGGUCUGAUACCAAAAUCUUUUAUCGACCAAUUAAGGCAACCAUCUUCUAGAAAAUUUAGCACUAACAACGUUGAAGAUCUUAGCAAUAAUAUUCAAAAUUUGAAUAUUUCCGAUGGUAUUUUAUCUCCCAAGGGUUCAAAUGAUAGCUUAUUGAGAUACCGAGCCAUAUAUUCUUACAACCCUCAAAAUGACGACGAAUUGGAAUUAACAGAAGGGGAUAUAGUGUUCGUUAAAGAAAAAUGCGAAGAUGGCUGGUACGUUGGCUAUCAAUCAAAAAAUAAAUUAUUUGGAACUUUCCCGGGCAAUUAUGUUGAAUAUUAUGCGUUUAAAUAA